UACACAAAGACUCAGUUCUCUCUUGCCAGACUCCGAGGCAGUACAGCACAGCGGAACCUGCAAGAAGAAGUAAAAGGCAUCCUGUAGUGUUUUAUUUCUUUCUUUCUUUCUUUUCUGAAGUUGACUGUGUAGCUGCUUUGGGUCCCUGGCUGUGUGGAGCGGGUAUGGAGCUAUGGAGACAGUGUGCCCACUGGUUGAUCCAGUGCCGAGUUUUGCCAGAGAAUCACCGGGUGACUUGGGACAGCGCUACAGUCGGUGACCUGGCUCAUGCUCUGAGAGAUGGGGUGCUGCUGUGCCAGCUGCUCAAUAACCUGCAGCCCCAGUCUAUCAACCUCAAAGAGAUCAAUCUGCGGCCACAGAUGUCUCAGUUCCUGUGUCUGAAGAACAUCCGGACGUUCUUGUCUGCGUGCCUGGACCAGUUCGGGAUGAAGAAAAACGAGCUCUUUGAGGCCUUUGACCUGUUUGAUGUGCGAGAUUUCGCCAAGGUGAUCGACGCCCUGUCCAGUUUAUCCUACACUGCGAUCGCACAGAGCCGCGGGGUCUCGCCUUUCCCCACAGAAGACAGUGUUCCUGAUGAUGAAAUCUACAGUGGAUUAUCUGACCAUAUUGAUGACACUGGGGAGGAAGAUGAUGACCUCUAUGACUGCGUGGAUGAUGAGAAUAACGAAGGAGACGAGAUCUACGAAGACCUGAUGAGGCACGAUGCCCCAGCAGAGACACAACAGAAGAUAACCGAGGUAGACAAGCGUCAGUGCUGUCUCCAGGAGAUCCGACAGACAGAAGAGAAAUACACGGAAACCCUGGGAUCCAUCUUAAAUCACUUUAUGAAACCUCUUCAGCGGUUCCUGCAACCCAGUGAUAUCGAGAGCAUUUUCAUCAACAUUGAGGAACUGUAUCAAACUCACAGCAGUUUGCUGGAAGAGGUCAGAAGCUCCAUCUUGACAUUCAACGCCGAUAAUCUCUACCAGGUUUUCAUCAAAUACAAGAAAAGGUUGCUUCUGUAUGGGGCAUACUGUAGCCAGGUGGAGUCUUCAUCCAAGCACCUGGACAAGGUGGCCAGUUUGAGAGAGGAUGUGAGGAUGAAGCUGGAGGAGUGUUCAAAGAGAGCGAACAACGGCAGGUUCACACUGAGGGAUCUCUUGAUGGUGCCGAUGCAGCGAGUUCUCAAAUACCACCUGCUUCUACAGGAACUUGUGAAGCACACCACAGAUGCGACUGAUAAAGACAACCUGCGCACAGCACUGGACGCCAUGAGGGAUUUAGCGCAGUGUGUAAACGAAGUGAAGAGAGACAAUGAAAUCCUCAGGCAGAUAACAUCUUUCCAGCUUUCCAUAGAGAACAUGACGCAGUCCCUGGCUCUCUACGGGAGACCCAAGAUCGACGGAGAACUCAAGAUAUGUGUGGACAAACGAAAGCAAGACCGGUAUGCAUUUCUGUUCGAUAAAGCCAUGCUUGUCUGCAAAAAGAAAACUAGCGAGUGCAUGGAGCUGAAAGAGACCAUCGAACUGCAGCACUACCAGCUGAGGGAUGACCCUUCUGGGGAUAAGAAGUGGAGCCACUUGUUCGUCCUGAUAGACACCUACGGGCAGCAGAGCUACGAUCUCUACUUCAAAACCAAGGAGCUGAAGAAGAAAUGGCUGGAGCAGUUUGAGAUGGCCAUGUCCAACAUGUACCCGGAGAACAGCACAGCAAACAGCCACGACUUCCAGAUGAACUCCUUCGAGGAAACCACGUCCUGCAAGGCCUGUCAGAUGCUCUUGAGGGGGAUCUUUUUCCAAGGCUAUCGCUGCACUCGGUGUAAAGUGGCCGCGCACAAGGAGUGUCUCGGGAGAGUGGCAGCAUGCGGAAGGCAUUCAGAUUUGUCUGGCACUUUGAAAAAGAGUAAAAACAACAGAGCUACUGUCCAUCGGCCAAACGAACCAGGCCUUCCCAAAAUGGAGGUGUCUCAGGAGUAUUAUGGGAUGCCCCCUCCCCCUGUGGCAUUCGGACAGCCGCUGCGCCUCGCCCUAGGUGACAUCAUCGAGCUGACGAAAGCCGAGGUGGACCAGUCUUGGUGGGAGGGCAGAAAUAUCUGUACAAAUGAAGUUGGCUGGUUUCCCUGCAGUAAAGUCAGGCCCUUUGUCUCUAGGCUUCCUCCAGACCUCACCAUGUAUCCCUGGUUUGCUGGGAACAUGGAGCGCAGCGGCGCUGAGAAUCUCCUCAGCAGUCGCUCUGACGGGACCUACCUGGUGCGGCAGCGGCAGAAAGAUGCGGGAGAGUACGCCAUCAGUAUCAAGUUCAACGUUGAAAUCAAGCACAUCAAGGUGACCACGUCGAGCGGGCUGUUCCAAAUUAACGAGAAGAAGGCUUUCAAAGGGUUAAUAGAGCUUGUGGAGUUCUACCAGCGCAACACUCUGAAGGAAUGCUUCAAGGCUCUGGACACGACUCUGCAGUUCCCUUUCCAAGAGCCUGAGCAACAGACAGUCGCCAAGUCCCCAGCGGGCAGCGUGAGAUACUACGGCACAGCCAGGGCUCGGUAUGACUUCUCAGCGCGAGACCGUUUGGAGCUCUCCAUGAGAGAAGGGGACGUCAUCAAGAUCAUCUCAAAGAAGGGCCAGCAGGGCUGGUGGAAGGGAGAGAUCUAUGGGCGGGUUGGCUUGUUCCCAGCGAACUAUGUAGAAGAAGAUUAUUCCGACUACUGCUGACAGACUGUCUUUCCAAAGCGGUGCCGACAAUCCUGAGAUAAUAAACCAAGAGUGCUGAUAUUGACUGAUUUGUAACUUUUUUUUUUCCAUUAAACAAAGACUGAUGUUGGCUGGAACCUGGGGACACAAGCAACCAAAUGUUGCUGGUAGUUCCCCUCUCUGCGCUGUUCACAGAGUAGGACGAAUGUAUUUAUUUUAAAGCAGAGGUCGAGCAAAGGGACACAGUCCACUUGUCCCAUCUGCUGUGGCUGACUAGUUAUAAAGCUGGCAUGGCAAUUGCAUUUCAGAUUCCUGUAUCCAUCCUCUAAACGCAGUGUGUAUUUUAGCGGUUGAGUGUCAUUUCUAUCCAAGUCUGUUCCAAUUUACCCUUCCCAAGUGCCAGCGGAAAGGCUUUCCCUCAUUAUUUGCAGCAAUUCCCCUAUUCUGGUUCAGAUAUACACAGAGACAGCUCCAGCGAGCCAAGUAAAUGUGCUGAGGAGUGAAGAAACAGCACCUCUUAUUCAACACAGUAUAAAACUGCUCAGCAGCAGUUCUCAAGCAUCGUCCAAAAGAGGGAAGAGAGAGAGCUGUGAAAAUGAUAUUUAUUAUAGAGGGGAACCUUCUCCUUGGCAGCUACAAUAGGUAGAGCAGCAGAAACCUGCGCUCAUGUUUCCACUGCUGGAUAUUUAAUAAGGCGUGCCAGUGACACACUUCUCAUCCUCAAAUUCAUCAGAUUAUUAGUUCAAGUUGUUUUUCCAGCUCUAUUCUGGAUUGGAAAAGGACCUCCAGCGGAUUGGGUCAGUGGAGUUCUGGACUCCGAGGGUACAAAGCAAUGACUUGAAGAGCAUUCUGAACACGAACAAACACUUUCAGACAUGGUAUUCUUUGGGUGCAGCUAUUUAAGAACUCUCCCCAGAGGUUUCAUGACAAUGACAGUAAAAAAACCAGGCAUUAAAACACAGUCUUAAAAUAAAGCACUGUGUUUUUUUUUUAGACCAAUGAGUCACUUGCUAGCUGGAUUCUGGUCAGCCCUACAGUGCUGUCUGUACAUUUAAAACACACCUGAGUUUAUAGAAAGCUGUAAAAGUCAUUUUGUGCUGGUGUUGUAGAAAAAAACAAAACAUGUACUACAGACCAAUGAAACACAUGGACGUGCAGAAAAAACUGUCUAAUCCAGCAAGGCGUGGGACCGGAAAAUUGUGCCGGAUUAUACAGUGUGCUGGGUUAACGAGGUUCUGUAAAAUCCCAUACUGUACCUAAAGAAAAAAGGUAUAAUUGACUGACCAACUAUUUGAACACGUUCACAUUUACUGUCCAGGUACACCUAGUAAUUCAAAGGUUGUAUCAAUUUUAAUUUUAUUUUCUCCAUAAUCUAAAUUUAGACAAGAAAAAUCACUUGAUUUGGUGCUUGAUUUUAAGACUUACAAAUCAUGUUGGAUUCCAUAAUAGACAGGUUCCGGAUUGUAGAGGGGAUCACACCUUUCGUUUCAGUAGGGAUUUGGUUGGGACCCAAAAAUCAUGCAGAAUUAUACAGAAUGCCGAGUUGUAGAGGGGCUGGUUAGACUUUACUGUACUAAGAGAUGUCACAACGAGGCUUAACAAGAGGCCAUAGAAGCAUUGUGUAGUCGUCACAUAUAAGUGUCAUGGCAUUAAAUGAUCUCGGCACUAUUUCACAUGCAGAGCGCUUACAUCACCCCAGUCUCUACUGUAAGAAAAACUGAAUUGAAAAACUACAUGGUUCCUGCACAAACACAGCUCCGCCCUCUUUACUGAGAAAGAGGCGACUUUGUUCUGACACCACCCACCCUCUUUGGAAUGCAAAAUGAGCAGCCAAUCAUAAGAGAAUGGGAGGAGUCAGCCCUGAGAUAGUGUAUAUAUAUAUGGGAUAUAAGGAGAGAAAAUCCUUUGUCUGAGAGAGAGUGUUUGGAUAGGAUUUAAGGGAGUCUUGCUGUGUGCUGUGUGCUGUGUACUGUGUAAAUUUGUUUUGGUCUAUGAAGGCAAAUGCCCAGCUGGACAGAAGUAUUGUUUUGUUUUGUGUGAACCUUUUGUUUUGGCCCUUGUGCCAGUUGCUUUGUUACUGUGUUUGUUUUGUUUAUUUUGUUAAUAAACUUGUGCCAACAGCACUUUAACUGCA